AUGAGUGCGCGUGCAGCUGCUUUGGGACUCGAUGAAGAUGUCAUCGAGUUGUUCAUGGAUGCCAAGGUGGACACUCUGUCCAAGUAUGCAUUCUGCUCGUCUUAUGUGCCAGGACAAUCCAACGAGACAGAAUUCCUUACAGCCAUUAAGGCAAUCAUGAAGAGGGACGCAUCCGUUGGGGAGCUCUCUUGUUUGCGCAGGCUGCUGCAUGAAGCCUAUUCCAUGAGUGCGGCAGAACUUAAACAGGUCGUGGAACGUACUGAGGAUAUGCCUGCUAAAAAGCUUGCGCAGCCUGAAAGGGCGCAUCGCCUUGAUACGCAACAACGGCGUUUGACAGGAUUCAAGAUCGAGGGCCCGCUGGAGCCCGCUGACCGUCUCAUCGACUUAGUGGUGCAGCAGUAUGAAGAAAACAGGGUGUAUCAUGUUGAUCUUCAUAAGUGCCCUUCGAAGGAGCAAGAGGUCCUGUCACAAAGCUCCAAGGAGGAUCGCAACAUAACGAUUGAUGCUAUGGGCAACGUCAGGGUAAAGGGGAAGGAUGCUAAGUUGGAGGCUGAUCUUGCUUCAGACCUCCUUCUCCGGAAUGCCUUCACCAGGCGUGCCCUGGCUUAUGAUCAGGCCAAUCUUGUUGACUUUGUCAAGUUGAACAGUUGGACUGAGCGCCUGUUGCAAUCGUUCGCCCCCUAUCGCACCGAUGGUCGUAAGGGCAAGAAGGGCAAAGGCAAAGGCACGGGGUCUUCCAGCGUUCGCAUGCCAGCUGCACUGGAGGGCGGAGAGACCACGUCUGGCACCCUUGAUUGCGCUGCUGAGGCUUCUGCAUGCCCUGAGCCUUCGCUUUCCUUGCAAAGUGAUCCGCAGGGGCGCGCCUUCUAUGCCGGUGGUUAUCGCAAAGGCGUCUGGAUUGAAGACAGUUUACAAUCUGAGGUGCGCGAGGCUGCCUUGCCCUCUCCCACGCCGAACCCUUCGCUGCCUGGGCGAGAGGUUCCUAUGUUCAUAGAGAUUUGUGCAGGCAGCGCCAUCCUGGCCAGCUGCCUCCGCGAGGUUGGAUGGGAUAUCAUCGCAAUAGAUAAUAAGCGCAAUCGCUUUCACCCCUUGGCUAAAAUAUGUGUCUUGGACUUGUCUCUUGACACAUCAUGGGAGUACCUUCGCUGGUUGUGCAACAAUUUCCCGUGCGGUGGGUGCAUGCUGCGCCUCCUUGCGGCACAAGUUCUCGCGCUCGCGAGCGACCAGGCAACCAUGAGCAUGCUGCUUAUGGGCGCAAACGACUCCCGCCUGGGGCCAUGCAUUUUGCAACUAGUGAAGAAGCCGUGUAUCCCAGGGAGAUGUGUCGUCAGAUUGUGCAACUUGUUUCCCGUGAACUUGGCAUCCCUCUUGUUGACCUUGCAACGGCGCCUUCACAAUCACACCUGUUCGCUGCGGCAGCUGGGCGCCAGGCUCGCGGCCACCGCCGCCCUACUGUGCUCUCUGAGUUUGAGUCCGUCUUUUCUCACGAGUGUCCACAGCUGCCGCCAGUUGACCUCAAGCGCCGAGAAGUUCCUUCGGGAGUCUGUGUCUGCUCCUCACCCUUUCUUCGAUGUUCUCCCGCUGUCGGACUCGUCUAAGAAAGUCCUCUUCGAGAUGCUAACAAAAGGGCCGGCAUGGGUUGCUAGCUUUAGAGCUGAAACUCUCAAGAGGUGGACCAAGAUGGCUGAUGACCUUAAGCUUCGUGAACUGGAACUGCACAAGUCCUUGGACCCCAAGAUCCGGGCGAUCCUGAAGGGCAAGCGCUUGCUGCUAUGGAGGAAGAUUGCUGAGGAGGUUAGGUGGCCGGACAUGACUUUGUUUGACCAAAUCGAGCAAGGGUUCGAACUGGUGGGUCACCGUCCAGCCUCCGGUAUCUUUCCCUUGGAGAUGAGGCCAGCGGAGCAGACUCCCGAGCAACUGAUGCGCCGGUCUGGCUUCCUUAAGUCUUCUCUCCUGCAAAAGGUGUCCAGCGCUCCUCGCAACGAUGAUGCCGAUGAACUUCGGAGGAUCACCAUGAAAGAGGUUGAGGCUGGUUCCUUGGAUGGCCCUCACCCGCCUGAGGUGAUGGAUGGAAGGUUCCCCGAAGGCUGGAUUCCCAUACGCCGGUUUGGCGUGUGGCAGAGCUCGGUCGACAAAACAAAGUUGAGACGCAUAGACGACUUUGCAGAGGCUGAGGUCAACUCGGCCUUUGCCUACGUGGACAAGCUUGACUUGAGGUCCAUUGACACUUUGGCUGCCAUGCUGAGGUGGUGGACCGUCUGCUGUGACGUGACUGAUCAGGUCAAGGUUUCCUUGAGCGACGGAACGUGUCUCGAGGGCUCCGUGCAUCACGCUUGGAAGGACCAGGGUGCUAGUGCUCCGUUGCUGUCAGCUAUGGAUCUUCGCAACGCCUAUAAGCCGGGUGGUGGGGUUGAGUGCUAUGAGUCUCAAGCCUUGCCUUUUGGCGCGACGGCUUCGGUUGUCGACUUCAACAGGUUCGCCCGCUUCUUGCACCACGUAGGUGAGUGUCUUCUCGUCCCUUGGGUCAACUACUUUGACGACUAUCCAGUCUGGACCCCGUCGGCAUUGGCCCGUUCUACUGACCUUACGCUCCGCGCCUUGGUCGAGCUGAUGGGUGUUGAUUGUGCUUGGGACAAGAUGCCGGCCUUCUCGCCUGUGUGCCCUAUGCUGGGGAUUGAGCUUGAUGUUUCGGACCUACGGGGCCAAGGCCUCUUGAUCCGCAACAAGCCUGGCCGU